UGUCACCGUAGGCCCCGCCCACCAUUGCUUUGCUCUUCCAGGCACACAGCUAUCUGGUGGUGACUCAGACAUGCAGCCUGUUGAUUGCAGAAGGUGUGGCAAGGACUGCUAAUGCUGGAAGGUCUACAGGACAGCAGGAUCUCUGCACUCCUCCCUGGAGAUGUUCACCCUGGGAAUAUGUCUGCUCUUACUGUGGUCUGCGGAGGGGUUGGAUGAGGUUUCAGCCAAAAUUUUCCAACAGACGAACGCUGAAUUCAAUAAGGAAUACAAUGACUCUGUGAACAAUGACGUUCAAAGUAUAUAUGCCUUCAACCAUACCAUGCUGAGAAACAAGACUGAAGGGGUCAGAGUGUCUGUUAAAGUGCUGUCCGAUCAGAAGGGAACACCAUUGCUCUUUGGUGUCCGGCAGAAGGAGGCCGUUGUGUCAUUCCAAGUACCUCUUACCCUCAGGGGAUUAUUUCAGCGUAACUACCAGUACCGGGAUGUUGGACGCACACUCUGCCAACCGCCAACCAGGGCUGAGUCAGAGACGGAGUCCUUCUACGUGGAUGUUUCCACCCUCUCGGAGAAAAAUACCACAUACAUUCUACGUGUCACACACGUGGAGAAUUUUGUACUGCGGACAAAAGAACGGUUCAGUUUUAAUGCAACUCCUGCUCAGCCUCAGUAUUUUAAAUAUGUGUUUCCUACGGAGGUGGACUCUGUGAUUGUAAAGGUUUCUUCUCCGUCUGCCUUCCCCUGCUCUGUCAUCUCCAUUCAGGAUAUUCUGUGCCCAGUCUUUGACCUCGAUAAUAAUGUGGCUUUCACCGGCAUGUAUCAGACAAUGACCAAAAAAGCUGCUAUCACAGUGCAGAAAAAGGAUUUUAACAAAGGUGGUUUCUAUGUCGUCGUUGUUGUAAAGACAGAGGAUGAAGCCUGUGGAGGAGGCCUGCCUUAUUAUCCAUUAGAUCCAGAUGCCCCUAUAGAGCAUGGAGACCGCCAUAAAACGUUGGAAGUUCUGGUCAGCCCCGCCAUUAGCAGGACGACUUAUGUUGGUGGCAUGGUGUUCUCUUUAGGGGUUUUCUUGUCUUUCUACCUGUUUGCACUGCUCAUAUACUGCUGGAAUGAAUCGAGGUAUGUCUAUUCAGAAUACAGGGACAUUGUGGUACACUUCACCAUAUGGAUCUUCUCACUAUUAUGUGUUUUUGUAUCUAGAAAAAACAAGAAAGUUUUGCUGCAUUCGGUCAGUGCUCUGAAUGAUGAAACAGGGAAGUCGCCUACAGCACAAAAAUAUGACGGCUGUGGUUACGGCUCGCUGGCAGAAAACAGCUUAGUGGCCAGUCCAGAAGAUUGUACAGACAGUCUGGUGUCAUCAGCUGAGGCGUCAUACAGUUAUACAGACAAAUCUCUUGAAAACCUUGUGUCCCGUCCAAGAUUGGAGUCUCUGAGCUCGGUAGAAGAAGAUGAUUAUGAUACACUGACUGACAUAGAGUCUGAUAAGAACGUCAUCAGGACAAAGAAAUAUCUUUGUGUUUCUGACCUGGCAAGAAAAGACAAACGUGUGAUGCGGAAAAAGUACCAAAUAUAUUUCUGGAAUAUCUCCACCAUAGCGGUGUUUUACGCCCUUCCCGUCAUACAACUUGUUAUAACUUACCAAACGGUGGUGAAUGUAACUGGGAAUCAAGACAUUUGCUAUUAUAAUUUUCGGUGUGCUCAUCCCCUUGGAUCUCUCAGUGCAUUUAACAACAUUUUGAGCAACCUAGGGUACAUCAUGCUAGGGUUGCUUUUCCUAAUCAUUGUACUGCAGAAGGAGCUAAGUUAUAAUCGCAAGUUGUACAUAAAGGAUCUGAUCUAGUCAUUCUCACUUGAAUGUGGGAUUCCCAAACACUUUGGUCUUUUCUAUGCCAUGGGCACCGCGCUGAUGAUGGAGGGACUACUCAGUGCAUGCUAUCACGUGUGCCCAAACUACACCAACUUCCAAUUCGAUACUUCCUUCAUGUAUAUGAUUGCUGGUCUGUGCAUGCUGAAGUUGUAUCAGAAAAGGCAUCCUGAUAUUAAUGCCAGCGCAUAUAGUGCGUAUGCCUGCCUAGCUAUCGUCAUCUUCUUCUCCGUCCUUGGUGUGGUAUUUGGGAAAGGAAAUAUGAUUUUCUGGAUUGUAUUCUCUGUGAUUCAUAUAUUGUUUACUCUGGUUCUAAGCACCCAGCUGUAUUAUAUGGGUCGUUGGAGACUAGACUCAGGAAUCCUUCGCAGGAUCUUUCAGGUUCUAUACACAGACUGUGUCAGACAGUGUAGCCCCCCAAUGUAUGUGGACCGCAUGGUGCUACUUGUCAUGGGAAACAUCAUAAACUGGUCUUUGGCUGCAUAUGGCCUUAUUGUACGUCCCAACGAUUUUGCCUCAUAUCUUCUCGCCAUUGGAAUUUGUAACCUGUUACUAUAUUUUGCCUUCUACAUUAUUAUGAAGUUGCGCAGUGGAGAACGUGUACUUCCUGCCCCUCUUCUAUGUAUCCUCUGCACAUCUGUGGUUUGGGGAUUUGCUCUGUUCUUUUUCUUCCAGGGGCUCAGCACUUGGCAGAAAACUCCAGCUGAAUCUCGGGAGCACAACAGAGAGUGCAUAUUGCUUGGAUUCUUCGAUGACCAUGACAUCUGGCAUUUCCUCUCCUCCAUUGCUAUGUUCGGUUCCUUCCUUGUUCUGCUGUAUCUGGAUGAUGAUCUGGAUGAAGUAGAAAGAGACAAAAUUUAUGUGUUCUGAAAUGUGCGCAGAAAGACUCCCAUGGAUAAAAAUGAAGGACGCUGGUUUUGAGCAGUCACCUCCAUGUAGUAACACAUAGGGUACCACAUACCAAGAAGUGACUCCAGUCACCUCUAUUCACUGAUGGCCUC